AUUGCAUGGUUUGGCAACUCCAAUUGCUACAUGUAGUCUACGUUUGUUUUGGCAUUUAAUUUCUUCUAAGUGAAGCAAAGUUCAAAGAGAGAGAGAAAAUAAUGGAGAUCAGACCGCACGAUGAAGAUGAAGGGUACAAGGCAUCACACGAUGAAGAUGAAGUGUACAAGGCAUCACGGACCGGGAGUGUAGAAUCCCUAAAUAGGUUGAUAGAAAAAGACCCAGACAUUCUAUGGAGAAUAUCCCUGCAGACCGGCAUAACCGGAACCCCCUUGCAUGUUUCAGCUUUGCACGGCCACACUGAGUUUACCAAAGCCCUUUGCACUAACAAUCCCAAACUUGCAGAGGGGGUGGACGCCGAUAGACGCACACCCCUGCAUUUGGCUUCUGCUAAGGGCCACAAGGAGACCGUCGAAGCUUUGUUAUCUGUGUAUGCUGGUGCGUGCUCGGAUUUUGAUGAAAAUGGAAGAAUCCCUCUUCACUAUGCAGCCAUGAGAGGAGGAGUUGAGGUGCUCCAGAAGUUGAUUGGUAAAAAUCCUGAGUCCAUUUAUGACAAAGUUAAAAACAGAUCGAAAGAAACAGUUUUGCACUUGUGUAUUAUACACAACCAGUUCGAGUGCUUGAAACUGUUGGUUGAUAGACUGUUGGUUGAAAGAGACGACAGAAAUGGUGAGUUCCUCAACUCAAGAGCUGGCUGUGAUGGUGGUGUGACCAUCCUGCACUUAGCUUUGAUGCUAAGGCAAAUUAAGACUAUACGUUACCUGCUUUCCGUUGAUGCUAUAAGAGCAGAAGCAACUGGUGUGAAUGGGAUGUCUCUGACCAUGUUAGAUAUCUUAGAGUACAGCAGCGUUGCAAGAGAGGACUUUAGCAGAAGCUUAGAAAUUCAACAGAUUUUGAUGGACGCAGGAUUAAUCAGAAGACAAAAUAAUGAAAAUGAUAAGCCUAACUCAGAUGUUGCCGCUGCUGCUGUUGUAUCACCAAAUCCAAAAAGGGUAACGAAGGAAAAGAAGCUUCACAAACGAGUAGCAUCAUCGGAAAAGGGAUCAACGCCAGCAAGGAGGUGCUGGACAAAAUUGAUGGAAUGGUUGAGAUAUCCGAGUAAUUGGGUUGGGCGAGACACGUGGCAUGCUGAUGGUUGUGGCUACGAUGAUCUCGACCAUGACUUUUCAAGCCGUAGUCAACCCACCUGGUGGUGUCUGGGACCAUAAUGAUACAAACACUACCAUUUAUUAUUCUGGAACCAAUUAUACCAGAACAAUUUGCAGUGAAACGAGAGUAUGUAGAGCUGGAACUGCAGUGUUAAGCUACGGUAAUGAUGACGACUUCGCCGAUUUCCUAACAUCCAAUACCAUCUCGUUCCUUGCUUCUUUGAGUCACCCUUUUGCUCGUUAGUGGAUUUCCUCUCCACAAUCGGUUCUGCACGUGGCUCUUAUCGAUGUCCAUGUGCGUCACUCUCACAUUCCUGGCAUUCACCUACCUAGUUGCGCUGUAUAUGAUCGUCCAUGGUUCACCUACAGAUACAAGCAUUAACCUAUACGGGAUAUCCGUUCUUACUUGGACUACUUUGCUGGGCAUGGUCAGUGUAAUGCACACUAUUCGGUUUCUUAUUCGGGUGACGAAGUGGUUGCGGCGCAUGUUCUUCAGGUCAAAAUCAUGUUCUUGUUUGUGUAAUUACUCUGCCAUGGUGUGUUAGCUUGAGAACAUAAUUAACUAGGUCAGACAUCCUGUAUGCAUGUAGCAAUUAGGGUUUGGGGUAAUGAACUACGUCAAUGACGCUUUCUCGAUCUUUACUGGGUUGGUAAUUCAAGAGCGUCGCUUAGUUAUGAUAAAUAAUCCAUCUGCUAUGCAAAGUGGAAGUGUUUGUUGUCAGUGAUGCGGGAUGGUAGCUGCUUAGAAGUAGUCUUGUCUAAGGAAAUAAUUUCUCUUAAUGUUUAGGAAUUAAUAUUGUAACUUGAUUUUGAUUGUAUUUCUGAUUUGUAGAAAUCUUUAAUUGUCAAGUAUACAUGCUUGU